AUGCCGCCGCCCGGAAGCGGUCUUCCGAAAGGAAAACGCAAACGCCAUAUCUUUGGCACCGAUAAUUACGGAGACUUUCUUAAAGCCAAACGUUCAGUUAUUCGAAUCAUGAAUGAUGAUGAACUUUGUUGUGCUCGAGCUAUUGUUGUCGCAAAAGCCAUAGUGGAUGACCAUCCACAAGUAAAAUCCAUCAAAGAUUCCCGCAACCCUUUGCAGAAAACAUUGGCACAACAAUUACAAGAAGAAGCGCGCGUUCCCCUAGGUCCUUGUGGCCUAGACCAAAUAAAACUCUUUGAAAUCAUAUUGUGCGACUACCAGUUCGUCGUCAUAUCUGCCGAACAUGGCCAUUCUAUCGUUCACAAAGGACCGGAAAGCAACAAGCAGAUUAAACUAUUGAUGCAUGAUGAGCAUUUCGACGUCAUAACCAAACUUCCCGGGUUCUUCAACUCUAACUAUUACUGCCUUCGAUGCGAAAAAGCAUACACUCAUGAAGACUACAGUCAUCACUCAUGCCAAGAACACAUGAAACAUUGCGGAUUACAGUACUGUCCGAGCUGUGAAAAGGAAGUCAACAUUCUUCAGCACAAGUGUUACCUGCAACCUUCCACGCACGAACAAAAGAAGAACAAACACAUCUUCGUAUACUUCGAUAUUGAAGCGCAACAAGACACAGGCAACCAUGUGGCUAACCUUGUGUGCGCAGAAACAGAUCAAAACGACACGCAAUUUACCUUCGAAGGUAAAGACUGUGUACCUGAUUUCAUACAAUGGGUUCACUCAUUAGCUAACCAAGAAGACGUGGAGAAAGUCAUCGUAGUGGCACAUAACUUCAAAGGCUACGAUGGUUACUUUAUCCUCGAUGAACUUUACAAACAGCACGCUACCAAUCUAAAACAAAUCGUGAAUAGUGCCAAGAUCCUCAGUUUGGAAUUACCCAACAUCAAGUUCAUCGACUCCAUGAACUUUUUCCCCAUGGCAUUGUCCAACUUCCCUAAAACAUUUGGUCUAAAUGAAAUGAAGAAAGGCUUCUUCCCACAUUUCUUCAACACUCAACAAAACCAGAUCUACGAGGGGUACAUGCCAGAAAAAUCCUACUACGACCCCGAUGGGAUGUCCCCUCAAAGAAAAGAAGAAUUCGACAAAUGGUACAACGAGAAAGUAUCCGAAAGAUAUAUUUUUAAUUUCCAGCACGAACUGUUGACGUACUGUCAAUCCGAUGUAAGGCUGUUGAAACAGGGGUGUAUGAAGUUUCAGUCCCAGUUCCAUGAAAUUUGCGGUUUCAACCCUAUGGUGCAUUGCACAACAAUUGCCUCUGCCUGUAAUGUGGCCUACAGAAAAAAUUGGAUGCCGAAAAACAAAAUUGCCAUUGAACCUGUAUGUGGAUGGAGAUCGAAUCACACCCAAUCUCAUACUGCUCUAAAAUGGCUUUACUGGGAAGAAUCAAAACUCCACAAAACCAACCAUCUGCCUCGAAUUGCCCAUGCAAGAAACAAAGGCGAAAGAAGAAUAGUAAAUGGCUCAAAAAUAUACCUGGUAGACGGCUACGACGCACAAACACGUACCGUCUACGAGUUUCAAGGCUGUUUUUACCACGGCUGUCUAGAUUGCUUCCCAAACCGUACCAUGAAACAUCCCAUUCAUCAGAAUAGAACCAUGCGUGAUGUUCGUCAACAAACAAGAUCUAAGAUCAAAGAACUUACCGCCUUGGGUUAUCAUGUCAAAGAAAUCUGGGAGUGCGAAUGGAAUGGAAUGCAAAAAACAGAUCCUCAACUAAAAGCGUUCGUCGAUAAACUCGACAUCGUACCCCCUCUCAAUCCCCGAGAAGCCUUCUUUGGCGGUCGCACAAACGCCAUAAAACUUCACCACAAAGUUGACGAAAAUGAAAAUGAAAAGAUCGAAUAUAGAGACAUAAUAUCACUGUACCCAUGUGCAAAUUUGAAAUGUGAUUACCCCAUCUGCCAUCCCGAGUUCAUUGACCAACCAAGAACAACAGACAUCUCAAGAUACUAUGGAUUGAUAAAAUGCAAAAUUCUACCUCCCUAUGAGCUAUACCGUCCAGUUCUACCAUGGAGGUACGAAUCAAAACUACUCUUCCCGUUGUGCAGAACAUGCGCGCAACAAAACAUAAAACAAGCAAUCACAGAAAGAAGCGACAAGUGCCCCCAUUCUGCCGAGGAAAGAUGCCUCACAGGUACCUGGACAACCCUGGAACUACAAAAAGCCAUUGAAAAGAGGUACGUCAUCAUGUACAUUUACGAAGUUUGGAACUUCAAGCAACGUUCAAAGGAACUUUUUUCCCCCUACAUAAAAACUUUUAUGAAACUCAAACAACAGGCUUCUGGUUGGCCUUCCGAAUGUGACACAGAGGAAAAAAGAAGAACCUAUCUCGAUGACUACAAAGCGCAUGAAGGAAUAGAACUAGACCCCGCCAAAGUCGAAAAGAACCCCGGUCUACGUUCCCUCGCUAAACUAAUGCUGAAUUCUUUCUGGGGAAAAUUCGGACAACGCCUUAACCAAACCCAAGUGACCACGUGUGUCAAACCGUCCGAAUUCUUCAACAUCAUCACAGACGACCGACAAGUCGUACACAGAAUUGAAAUAGCUAAUGAAAAAAUGGUAGAAGUGUACCACACCUUUGAAAAUGAAUGCAAACCCAUUCAAACCAACGUAAACAUCUUUAUUGCAUGUUUCACAACCAGUUAUGCAAGACUAAAACUGUAUGAUGCUCUUGACACGCUGAAAGAAAGAGUAUUGUAUUUCGAUACGGACUCAGUGAUUUAUACUAAGAAACCCGCUGAAUCGUCCAUUCCCACCGGAAAUUAUCUCGGCGAAUUCACGAAUGAACUAGACGAAGGAGAUCAUAUUACAGAAUUCGUUGCUGCUGGGCCUAAGAAUUACGAAACCUUCAAAGGAAACCAAUGUUGCAAAGUGAGAGGGUUUACAUUGAAUGCACGUGGACAAAAAAUCCUCAAUUUCAACAGUAUGAAAAACUUGGUCUUGGACGAGAUCUUGAACAAAGAAGAAGAAGAACAACCUCGCACGCUAACGCUCCACAAUCCUCAUAAGAUCACAAGAUGUGCCGCUACAAAAACCAUCAAAACAGUGUCCCAGAAUAAAAUGUACAAACUCGUGUUUAAUAAACGUGUCAUUGACCAUGACACCUUUCAAUCUUUCCCAUAUGGCUAUAAAUGCAGCUUCUAUAAAUGUGGAUUGUAG